UGGAGCUCUGCGAUGGAAGAAGCAGAGAGAUGCUGUGGCCUGCAGCAUGGUGGUUGAACAAAGUGCAGAUGAGUUGUCACAGUGGUAGACGAAGUCCUCAACACAUGAGUUGAAAUGAGUGAUAUAUACCGGAACAUUUGCUGAAGUUGCUAAUGCGACCAUAAGCACAUUGAUAACCCAUCACCGCAUUGUUUGUUCAGCUGUGUAACUGGUAGAGAAGCCCAACGAUCGUGACGAUGAACCCGAGCGCAGCUCCCAAUGGGUCCAGGUCCUGCUCAAUGGACGACUCCUACAAGUACCCCAUCUACUCGGCCAUCUACGGCAUCGUCUGCAUCAUAGGGAUGAUGGGCAACGCCAUCGCGCUCUACGUCUUCCUGUGCCUCACGCGGACCAAGAGUGCCAGCACCAUCUACCUCAUCAACCUGGCCCUCGCCGACAUGUUCUUCGUGCUGACGCUGCCGCUGCGCGUCGUCUACUACGUGCGCGAAGGCGACUGGCCGUUCGGGGACGCGAUGUGCCGCAUCAGCUCGUUCGCCUUCUACGCCAACCUGUACAGCAGCAUCUUCUUCCUCACCGGCCUCAGCGUGACGCGUUACCUGGCCGUGGUUCACCCCGUGCGCUCGCUCAAGGCUGUCACGGCGAGGCAUGCGGUCAUCGCCUGCGUGUCCAUCUGGGUCUUCGUGACCCUGAUCACCUCCCCGUUCCUUCUCAGCGGCCAGCACGUCUUAUCAAGCGGGAGGAUCCUGUGCUUCGAGAGCUCGGGCAGCAGCCUGAAAAUGGUUUUUGCCAUGAACUACGUCGCCCUGGUGGUCGGAGUCCUCAUCCCGUUCGCGAUCAUCGUCGUCUGCUACGCGGCCAUCGCCCGGAUGCUGAUGAAGACCCCGGAAGGCCAGCGCAGGGACUCGAACGUGCGGAAGCGCGCGGUGCGCAUGAUCGUGCUGGUGCUCACGGUGUUCGUGGUCUGCUUCAUCCCGUACCACGUGCAGCGCACGCUGCUGCUCCACCAGCUCAUCAACCGCCACAGCAGCUGCGAUACGAAGCUCUACCUGCAGAAGUCGGUGGUGGCCACCGUCUGCUUCGCCGCCUUCAACAGCUGCCUCGACCCGCUCAUCUACUUCUUCGUCGGCGAGAAGUUCCGCGAGCGGUUCAUGAGCGCCGUGCGGAGGUACGCAACGAGAUUUGGACUUGCUAGGGUGUUUUUCGAGGUGGCGCCUUGCACAGCUCUCUCCAAUGUGUUUUUUUUCCUUCCGAAUAAUACCGCGAUGUUUUCAUUGCACGUGCAGAGAGCCGCUCCAGGAACUGAGUAUCCAGUUUCAGUUGGACUGAUGGAGUGGCCCAAAAAGUGGACGGGGGCUAGAAUGCUGCUUUGGACGUGACGUUAAAAGUGGCGCAAUGGGGGUCAUAGCAUGACAUUUGGAACCUCCUCUCCCCCUUGAGACCAUAACAUUGGAAUUUUGUUUAAAUUUACCAGAUAACGUUUAUUUUAUAACUAGAAAUCUACACGUCAUUUGGCCAUGACCAUCAGUCUCUUCCUUUGUACCCUCUUCUACCUCUCCCUCGCUCUUCUCCGUCCACUCUAUUUCACCCACUUAAACUAUGAACUAAAACUUAAUUUUAUUUUACCAGGUAAGGGCCACUGAGCUAUAUAGCUCGUUUUUCACAAGCGACCUGCCCACAAAUGAUAGCUCAACGAAGUGGAUUAUAGCAGCAAAAAAUAUUCUUCAACGCAUAUUGAUUCUAAAUGUGGAGGAAACAACCAGAGAACACGGAGAAAAAACCACACAACCACAGGGAGAGCACGCAAACUCCAAAUAUAU